AUGAAACUUAAAGAUUCAGUUCGUCGAGAGAUGAAGAUGAUUGAGGAGCAGAUCUCCUCUCUGUCAGACAGCAUCUCUGCUGUUGAAGAAGAGCUGCAGAAACACAGCGUGCCAUUCCUCAGCAGUUAUAAAGCCACUCAGAGCAGAGCCCAGAGCUCACUGCCAGAUCCACAGCUACUCUCAGGAGCACUGAUAGAUGUGGCCAAACACCUGGGCAACCUGUCCUUCAGAGUGUGGGAGAAGAUCAAGGAGAAGCUCCACUUCAGUCCUGUCAUUCUGGACCCAAACACUGCAAACCCCUGUCUCUGUCUGUCUGAUGAUCUGACCAGUGUGAGACGUGGAGACACAAAGCAGCAGCUUCCUGACAAUCCAGAGAGAAACACUAAGUAUAAUGAAGUUUUUGGCUCUGAGGGCUUCAGCUCAGGGAAACACAGCUGGGAGGUGGAGGUGGGAGACCAUCCUGACUGGAUUUUGGGUUUAGUUAAAGAGUCAGUUGACAUGAAUGAAUCAUCUGUUUCUCCAGAAACUGGAUUCUGGUGUUUAGACCAUCAAUCUGGAGAAUACACCGAUGGUUAUGGUCAGACUGUGGGAGUGAAGAAGAGUCUCCAGAGGAUCAGAGUCCAGCUGGACUAUGACAGGGGGGAGGUGUCCUUCUACAACCCUGAAGACAUGACUCACAUCUGCACUCACAGACACACUUUCACUGAGAAACUCUUCCCAUAUUUCAGUGUUGGAGAAUCAGGAGACGCCAAAACCUGUGAUAUCAAAAUCUGUCAGACUGAGAUUUCAUUGAAACCUUUGAACUGA